ACGAAAUGGGACAAUUCCGCCUUGUUUUAUGCUUCCGGUGAAAUCGAUGGCACACCGCAUUACAUUGCAGCUUCCAUUAUAAACGGAUCAGUUCACGUUGAACUCGAUUUCGGACAUAAUUCGAAAAUCUCCACCACUUUGGGUGAUUAUGUCAUAUCUGAUCAUUGGAAUGAUUUGACCAUAUUCCAUAACGGAACCACCGUCUUCGUUAGCUUAGACGACGAGGUAAAGGUUCUAGAAGUACCGGGAGAAAAUUGCGAUAUCAUCAUCGAUCCAGAAAUAUAUAUCGGUGGUGGUCCCGAACUCCACAAGAAGAAGGGUCUUUUGUCGCACAAUAAUUUUGCAGGUUCCUUGAAGUACGUGUUUUUCAACGAUAAGUCAAUUAUAUACGAAUUGAAGCGUUCCAAUCCUAUGGUACACUACAUCGGUGUAUUGGAACCAGAAUACUACCAAGCCGACGUCGAAGUCAUUCCGAUCACAUAUCCUUUCGCGGGAAGUCACAUCUGGUGGCCAAUCGAACAAACCAAUUCGCUGAAAUUGAACUUCGAUUUUAAAAGUUCAACGCCAAUCGCGAUCAUCGCUUCUGGAGAUGUAAAGAGCAAUCGCGGUGUUGGUUACUGGGAGUUACGUCAAGUCAAUGACGAAAUUCGAUUCCAAUUGGUACCAGUUAUUACGGAGAAUAUUACAUUGUCAACUUCGGUGAAGUUUCCGCCUUACAACACUUCCUGGCAUGCGGUUGACCUUAAUUAUACAAAGGGUGAACUUAAUAUCGUUCUCGAUUAUAGGAAUAAACAGAGUAAACUCUUCGCUAUGACGUUUGAGUUAGGUGAUAAAGUCAUUAUAGGAAGUGGUAAAAGUAACGCAGGUCUAGUAGGAUGUAUGCGUGAGAUACGAGUGAACGGUCAAAGAAUUGAACCUAGAUACGUAAUUAAUACCGAAAGAGUAGUCGGAGAAGUUGCUUUAGACAAUUGUCAAUUUGUGGAUCCAUGCAAAAGGCCGAAUACUUGCGAACAUGGUGGUAAAUGUUCAGUUAAAGAAGAUAGAAUCACAUGUGAUUGCACAGACACUGGAUAUAUAGGAAAGAACUGUCAUUUUGCACAAUACAGAAAAACAUGUGAAGAAUUGGCUCUUUUGGGAUACACGCAAGACGACGUUUACAAAAUCGAUAUCGAUGGAAACGGUCGAUUCCCACCCGCUUUAGUAAAGUGCGAAUUUCAAUCGAUCGAAGAUUCGACUAAAACAAUCGUCGAGCACAAUUUACCCUCCCAAGUAGACGUCAGAUCUAUCAUCGAAAACGAUUUCUCCUUCAGCAUCAAAUAUAGACAGUUUACUGCUGAAAUGCUUCAAGAGCUGAUCUCGCACUCACUUUAUUGCAGCCAAUAUGUAAAGUAUGAUUGUUACAAAGCACCCUUGGAACUACACAGCGCCACGUGGUUUCUAGGCUCCAAAGGUACUACCGUUGAUUACAUCGGAAACGUCAAUCGUGGAUCCUGUCCUUGUGGAAUGAACAGAACAUGCGUGAACUCCAACUUGAGCUGUAAUUGUGACGUGUCUGCUGGAAAUGCUGGAAAGUGGCUGUCAGAUGAGGGAUACUACGAAACACCUGAUUCCUUAGGCAUCACCGGAAUGGUAUUCUUGCAACAGAGAGAUCUUGAGGAAGAUGCUCGGGGACGUAUCACCUUAGGGCCAUUGGAAUGCGUUGAAACAA